AUGUUAAAUAGAGAUAAACUGAAAGCAACGGGUGCAGCCAUGGAGAUGGACCCUGAUGCUGCUAAAGAACUUGCAAUGAAACAGGAGUUCAAGAGAGCAGAGGAGAGCAUGGGUCUGGUACACAAGAACAACUUGGAAUGGGCUAAAUGCAUUCUGAAGUGCGGUUUAGAUGUCCAGGAUGAAGGGACUCGAGCUGCUAUAUCUGAAAAACUUUAUCAGCAUGCCAUUUUGACUAGGAAAAUAAAUUCUCUGAAGGAUAGCAGUGACAAGGAUGAGUCUGAUAUUGAUUUGGGCCCAGAUGAUCCAUCGGCAUUGUUAAAAACAGCCAAGGAGAAAACUCUUGAAGCAAUGGAAGAGGAUGAAGAGUUGCCGAAUUCAGGAGUUGCAUCUUUGCCUUUCAUGGUUCGUAGUUUGAAAAAGAGAAAAGAAGAAGCUGACAGGGAAGCAAGGGCUGCUCUGGAUGAUUACAAUUGUUCGUUGAAGCAACUGGAAGAUAAGAAUGAGAAACAAAAUACAAAUCCUGAUGUUGUCAGUGGGAAAAGAGCUUUUGGUCCUACUAAAAAGCAAAUUAAAAAGGUUCAAGAUUCUAGUGACAAAAUGAGGUCUGAUAAUUUUUAUGGUCAUAGUGAUAGUGAAGAUAGCCUAGAAGGUGUGGAAGAUGAGCAGAAUCAAAGUUAUAAUGAGUCUCUUGAUAUCAAUAUUGAUCGAAAUACGCUACUCAAUGAGUAUGAGAUUGGUCAUGAUGCACUCGUUAAGAGUUUUGAGGAUAUUGUUAAGAAACCAGGCCCCAAAACCACACAUGAAGUUGCUAUUUUUGCAUCCAAUUCAUGGCAAAAGGUUAGCUUUCUUCAAAAAGUUAUGUGCUUUAUUUGGCUUAUCGAACAUUCUGAUAGUGUGUUUUCUCGAUCAUUUGCUGUGACAACAGUAGAAAAAGUUGCCAGAAGGCUCAAAUCAGCAGUCCUACGCAGCCAAGAUAUGGAGGGAGACGACGGGGAUAGUGACUCGGGCGGUGAAGGACAGAUAGUGGAUGGGAUUUUGUCUUCUGGUCCCCGUUCCACGUAUGAACUUCCAUCCCAUGAAGAACUUAUUCGGCGGGCGUUUGCCAGUGAUGUUGAGGAGGAAUUUGAAAAAGAUAACGAAGAGGUUCUGAAUGAGGAAAAUCCCGAACCAGAGAAACCAUCUUUACUUCCAUGGUGGGGCAGCAAAACUUUUGCAAGGACAUUACCAUUCCCAUUCGCAUCCAAAGAAGUUUUUGAACAGAGCAUCUGGAUGCCCAUUGGCCUAGAAUUUAAUCCUGCUACAGCGAUUGGAGCGCUGAUACGUCUAGAAGUGGUAAAGAAUCCUGGUGGGAUUAUAAAGCCAAUUAAGCAAAAGGAUAUCAAUCUCCAUGAAAGGUCGGAGGACAGAGGAAAAAGAAAACACAAACCACCGAAGAGCAAAACUAGAAGCAAUUCCACCAUUUCUUGGAAGUCAAAGUAA